AUGUUCCCCCAGAAACCUGCUGAGAAGGCAACAACGUGGAGGAGACUCCAGAAAGGAAUGCUGAGAGGAGCAAGACAGAAGUGGCUUUGUUGGGUGCGGGUGGAAGGCUUCAGCUACGUUGGGAUGGGCAACUCCACCAACAAGAAGGACGCGCAGAGCAACGCGGCCCGGGACUUCAUCAACUACUUGGUGCGGGUGAACGAGAUGAAGAGAGAGGAAGUUCCUGCCUUUGGGGUGAGUUGCUCUCCCUCCUUCCCAAAGCCUGCAACAUGUGAUACCCCUGAUGGACAUGAAGCAGCCAAAGGUAUUCCUGCUUCCAGCUCUAGUUUGGGUGGACCUCUUCCUCCACACUUGCUUAUAGAGGCUGAAAUAGGCCCAGCUCCUGGAAACUGUGGUGAUCGUGAAGCUCAGUGGGACCGGGGUGCAAAUCUGAAAGAUUACUAUGCAAAGAGAGAGGAGCAAGAAGGGCAGACAACCUCUGGGUCAGAAGUGGACUUAAAUUCUGAUCUUCAUGGGAGCUGGACCUUGGAAAAUGCCAAGGCACGUCUGAACCAGUUUUUCCAAAAGGAGAAGAUUCAGGAAGAAUAUAAAUACACUGAAAUGGGGCCUGAUCACAACAGGAGCUUUAUUGCAGAAAUGAACAUUUAUGUGAAGCAGUUGGGCAGAAGGAUUUUCAGUCGUGAGCAUGGAUCAAACAAAAAGCUGGCAGCACAGGCCUGUGCCCUGUCCUUGGUCAGACAGCUCUACCAUCUUGGAGUCAUAGAACCUUAUUCUGGACAGGCAAAGAAAAAAGGAGAAUCGGUGGAGCCCUAUGAGGUGUCACUGUCUUCUGACUUAGAAAAUCGGCUGCAAAACACUGUACAGGAGCUGUCUCUGGAAGUUGUGCCUGUGCCUGAAGAUCCCAGUAAUCCAGUUCUGAUUAGUGUUGGAAAGUUGGCCCAUUUUGAACCAUCGCAGAGACAAAGUCAUACAGAGGUCAUUCCAUGGUCACCACCUCAUUCCAACUGGAACCCUUGGACCAGCUGCAAUAUUGAUGAGGGUCCUCUGGCAAAUCUCACUCCAGAGCAAAUAAGCAUGGAUUUGAAAAGUGAUUUCAUGUACCGCUUGGAGCAGGACCCGGAAUUCCAAAGGAUCCAAGAAGAGAGAGAGACCUUACCUGUGAAGAGUUUUGAAAAUGAAAUUCUGGAUGCAAUCCGUGACAAUUCUGUGGUCGUGAUUCGUGGUGCCACUGGUUGUGGCAAAACCACUCAAGUGCCACAGUACAUCCUGGAUGAAUACAUCAAAACUGACCGAGCUGCAGAGUGCAACAUAGUGGUGACACAGCCUCGGAGGAUCAGUGCAGUUUCUGUAGCAGAGCGUGUGUCAUACGAGAGAGGAGAGCAGCCCGGGCAGAGCUGCGGGUACAGCGUCCGCUUCGAGUCCGUGCUGCCCCGGCCCCACGCCAGCAUCAUGUUCUGCACUGUGGGUGUUUUUCUGAGAAAGGUGGAGGCUGGAAUCCGUGGCAUUAGUCACGUUAUUGUCGAUGAGAUCCACGAGAGAGACAUUAAUACUGACUUUCUCUUGGUGGUGCUGAGAGACGUAGUUCAGGCAUAUCCUGAAAUCAGGGUUAUCCUCAUGUCUGCCACCAUUGAUACCAGUAUGUUUUGUGAAUACUUCUUCAACUGCCCUAUCGUGGAGGUCUUUGGUAGGACAUACCCUGUCCAAGAUUAUUUUCUGGAAGAUUGCAUUCAAAUGACUCAGUUCAUUCCUCCACCAAAGGAAAAGAAAAAAAAAGACAAGGAUGAAGAGGGAGGUGAAGAUGAUGAUGCCAAUUGCAACCUUAUUUGCAGCGAUGAAUAUGGCCCAGAAACAAAGCACUCCAUGGCUCAGCUGAAUGAGAGAGAAACUUCUUUUGAACUCAUUGAGGCCCUGUUAAUUUAUAUCAAGACCCUGAAUGUCCCAGGAGCUGUACUUGUUUUCUUGCCUGGCUGGAACUUGAUAUAUACAAUGCAGAAGCAUCUAGAAAUGAAUCCACGCUUUGGAGGCCACCAGUAUAGGAUUCUCCCUCUGCAUUCUCAGAUUCCCCUGGAGGAGCAACGACGGGUGUUUGAUCCUGUGCCUCCUGGAGUGACAAAAGUUAUUUUAUCUACCAGCAUCGCAGAGACCAGCAUCACCAUCAAUGAUGUAGUCUAUGUUAUAGACUCCUGCAAACAAAAAGUGAAGCUGUUCACUGCUCACAAUAACAUGACAAACUAUGCCACAGUCUGGGCAUCCAAAACCAACCUGGAGCAGCGGAAGGGAAGAGCCGGACGUGUGCGCGCUGGGUUUUGUUUCCGUCUGUGCAGCAGAGCUCGCUUUGAGAGACUUCAGACUCAUAUGACACCUGAAAUGUUUCGAACACCACUUCAUGAAAUUGCUUUGAGCAUCAAACUGCUGCGGCUGGGAGGAAUUGGUCAGUUCUUGGCCAAAGCCAUAGAGCCCCCACCUUUGGAUGCAGUGAUUGAAGCAGAACGCACGCUGAGGGACCUUGAUGCCCUGGAUUCCAAUGAUGAGUUGACACCUCUUGGAAGAAUCUUGGCCAAACUUCCCAUUGAACCUCGUUUUGGCAAGAUGAUGAUAAUGGGCUGUAUCUUUUAUGUGGGAGAUGCUGUUUGUACUAUCUCUGCAGCCACCUGUUUCCCUGAACCUUUCAUCAGUGAAGGCAAACGCCUGGGCUAUGUCCAUAGGAAUUUUGCUGGGAACAGGUUUUCAGAUCAUGUUGCUUUACUCUCCGUCUUCCAGGCCUGGGAUGAUGCAAGAAUGGGUGGUGAAGAAGCAGAAAAAAGAUUCUGUGAACACAAAAGGCUCAGCAUGUCUACUCUGAGAAUGACCUGGGAAGCAAAAGUCCAGCUGAAAGAGAUACUUGUUAAAUCUGGCUUCCCUGAAGAAUGUUUGGUGACUCAACCCUUUAACAACACUGGACCAGACAAUAAUCUGGAUGUCGUAAUCUCCCUGCUUGCUUUUGGGGUCUACCCCAAUGUCUGCUACCACAAGGAGAAGAGGAAAAUUCUUACCACUGAGGGGCACAAUGCACUCAUCCACAAGUCAUCUGUCAACUGCCCUUUCAGCAGCCAGGACAUCAAGUAUCCAUCACCUUUUUUUGUUUUUGGAGAAAAGAUUCGAACACGAGCCAUCUCUGCCAAAGCCAUGACCUUGGUGAGCCCAUUGCAGCUGCUUCUCUUUGCCUCCAAGAAGGUCCUGUCAGAUGGGGAGCUCAUUCUGGUGGAUGACUGGAUCAAGCUGAAGAUGCCCCACAAGGCGGCCGCCUGCGUCACCGCCCUGCGCGCCGCGAUGGAGGCUCUGGUGGUGGAAGUGACCAAGGACCCUGAGAUCAUCCGGCAGCUGGACCCGGCGCACGAGCGGAUGCUGAACGUGAUCCGCCAGAUCUCCAGGCCCUCAGCUGCAGGGAUCAGCCUCAUGGCUGCCAGUGCAAGGUUUGGUGAUGGCCCUCGCCCCCCCAAAAUGCCUCGCUACGACAACGGAGGUGGCCUCAGGGGCUGGGGGGGCUACCCGAGGGGCUCGGGCUACAGAGGGCGAGGCUACGGUGGCCACAGCUACUCCAGCUGGCACUCAGGAGGAAGAGGAUACCAAGACUAG